AGCGGGUUGGCUGUGGCUGUUGCCCGGACACCUUGUAAACACAAAAGCGCAGCAGCAGAGGCGUUUGCUACUGCGGAUUUAGUUGGUAUCUUCGGGAACCUGCGUGGAGGAACUUGACUUUUCGUCUGCCAAGAUGGCUUCCGCAAGGAGAUCUUGGAGCUUUAGUGAAAGGCAUCAAAAUUUAGUAGAUCGAAACUACUGCAAAAAAUUGGAUGUCGAAGCACUAAAAAAGAUAGAGAGUCGAGUCAGGAACCAGACUGUGCAGAGUGAAAAUGAUGACCGUGUUGAGCACAAGAGAUUCCUCAGAUUAUUACAAGACGAGCAGUUUGAGUUGGAUAUGGAAGAAGCCAUCCAAAAAGCAGAAGAAAACAAGAGAUUAAGGGAAAAGCAGCUUGAACAAGAGGAAAAAUUGGCUGUAGAACUGGCAAAACUAAAGCAUGAAAGUCUAAAGGAUGAAAAGAUGAGGCAACAAGUAAGAGAAAACAGUAUUGAACUCAGAGAACUGGAGCAGAAAUUAAGAGCAGCUUACAUGAAUAAGGAGAGGGCUGCCCAGAUUGCGGAGAAGGAUGCCAUUAAAUACGAGCAAAUGAAACGUGAUGCGGAAAUAGCCAAAACCAUGAUGGAAGAGCACGAGAGAGUGACGAGGGAGGAAAAUGCUCUGGAAGACAAACGCAACAGAGAGAAAGCACGGUACUACCUUGACUUAGAGAAGCAACUUGAAGAACAAGAAAAAAGAAAGCAGGAAGCUUAUGAGCAGCUGCUGAAAGAAAAACUCAUGAUUGAUGAGAUUGUUAGGAAAAUAUAUGAAGAAGACCAAUUGGAAAGACAACAAAAGUUAGAAAAAAUGAACGCAACUCGGAAGUACAUUGAAGAGUUUCAGAAAGAGCAGGCUCUGUGGAGAAAGCAGAAACGCAUGGAGAUGGAAGAGGAAAACAGGAAAAUCAUAGAGUUUGCCAACAUGCAGCAGCAAAGAGAGGAAGAAAGGAGGGCAAAGGUUCAAGAAGUGGAGGGGAAAAGGCUGCAGCUUCAGAAUGCGCUGAUUCAGAAGUUGGAAGAAAUGCUGCGGCAGCGUGAAGAUUUGGAACAAGUGCGACAAGAAUUAUACCAGGAAGAAGCAGCCGCAUUUUAUAAGAGGAAAAUAAAAGAAGAAGCAGAAGAGAAAUUAAGAAAGCAAAAUGAGAUGAAGCAGGAUUUUGAGGACCAGAUGGCCUUGAAAGAGCUAGUACAGCAGGCUGCAAAAGAGGAGGAGGAAAUGUUUAGAAAAACUCUGCUGGCGAAGCUUGCCGAAGACGAUCGGAUAGAAUUAAUGAACGCCCAGAAACGAAGGAUGAAGCAGCUGGAGCACAGAAGGGCUGUGGAAAAACUUAUUGAAGAGCGUCGCAACCAGUUCCUUGCAGAUAAGCAACGUGAACUGGAAGAGUGGCAGUUGCAGCAAAGAAGACAAGGGUGUAUCAAUGCAAUUAUCGAAGAAGAAAGGCUAAAGCUUCUCAAAGAGCAUGCUACGAAGUUGCUAGGAUAUCUCCCUAAAGGAGUAUUUAAAACAGAAGAUGAUGUUGACAUGCUUGGCGAAGAGUUUAGGAAAGUGUAUCAGAAAAGGAAUGAAAUUCCUGAACAGAAGCAAUAAUAGCAAGAUCUGGUAAAACCUGGGUUCUUUCAUUUGUAACCACUAGAUGUCAGUGUAACUUUUGUGUUACAGUUUAGUGUUUUACUUGAAUUUUCUAAAAUAUCACCUUAUUUCAUAAUUUAUAAACAAUUAGCAGAUAAAGACAACUUAAUUUUGCAGUCUUUAACUGCAAAAUUAUCUUCUUUCUGUUGUUAUACUGGUAAUUUGAAGGUCUGGAUUUUAUACCAUCGUCCGCGUUAUUACACUCAGUAUAGAAGUAUAGGCCAAAUCCAGGACUCACUUCUCGGUGUCUCCUUUACUGUUCAGAGAGUUUCUGUAUCCCCAUCCUCAGGAGUCUAUUCACGCUGACUAAUAAAGGCUUUGGGCCAAGUGACUGCUCUCUUA